AAACUAUAUGAGAACCCCUGAUGUUUAAAUUCAGUGAACACGUGUGGCGUAGUUGAGUAUCAACUCCAAACAGUUAAAUUUGUCAACAUAACAAAUUAUUAACCUUAUAUCUAGCUUAUAACCAAAUAUAAAUUUUUAUAAGGAAAAUGACGGAAGAAAAUGACGAGGCAUGGAAAGAAUUAUCAGAAAUAUCAGCAGAUCCACCUGAAAUGCGAGAUCAAUGUUCACAGUGCAGAAGGCCAAUUACUGUGUGUUGGUGUCCAGGAUUGCCGAAAACUCCUCUGUGUCCUCAAUCACGGAUAAUAAUCCUCCAACAUCCCGCAGAGGUUAAACGUUGUCUCCGAACAGCUCCAAUGCUCUCUCUAUCUCUUGAACAGAACAAGUGUCUCUUAUUUCGAGGCAAAAAGUUUCCUUCAAAACACGAAGGGCUGAUGGAAAUUUUAAAAGAAGAAAACACUAUUCUUCUGUAUCCUUCAGCGAACGCGGUGGAUAUAAACGAACUUCCUAAAGUUGGAGUUAAUGGCCAGAGACCUUACAACCUUGUGCUGUUGGACGGUACUUGGCCUCAAGCAAAAUCCAUGUAUCAUUCCAGUCCUUGCUUGUCGAGUCUGAAAGCUUGUAAGUUAGUGCAAAAUACUGCAAGCAGUUACGUGAUAAGGACUCAGCCUGCUGAAGGAUGUCUAUCUACUCUAGAAAGUGGUGCAUUCUCUCUUUCGAUUUUAGAAAACCAAUCUUGGUACAAAGACGCGAUGCUUGGACCUCUUCAUUAUCUUUGCAAAUUUCAACUUGAGAACGGAGCGGUAACGCAUCAGAGCAAAGAAUUUUUAAUAAAACAGAAAACUUACCCAAAAUUAGUGGGUAAACGACUAACUAGACAAUUGAAGAUAUCUUCAAAUGCAAUUUAUAAUUAAAUAAAUAUUUUAAUAUAACUUAUGAUAGAAAAUUAUAAAUUUACAAAUGCAA